AUGACAGCUGGUAUUAAAACAACUUCGCGUUUAGAAGGGUAUCAUUCAACAAUAAAAAGACAAUUAAAUUCCAACUCAAGCCUUGUUGAGGUAUUUGAAAAAAUAGAAAGUGAUAUUCAAAAAACUGAAAAAA